ACUAAUCAGAGAGUGGGGAAAAGAUUAAAAAGACAAGUCGUGUUAUAAUGGGAUGUAUGAUUGUUAUAUCUCUAGUGAUAUUGGCUAUAAAUUAAGCCUUUUGGGUUUUCUCCAUGCAUCGUUGCCUCUAUUGCAUGCUUGCUUGUGUUGUAAACCACCAACCUGACAAUGAAGAGGACAAGUUUCUCUAACGCUUAUUUCUGGCUUAUCAAUAUGUUUAUGCUGUGUUUGGCAGUGAAGUCCCAACUGACAACUGAUUUUUACGCAUCAUCUUGUCCAAACCUUUUGAAAAUCGUUAGGAAAGAGGUUAGAAAUGCUCUCAUGAAUGAGAUCAGAAUGGGGGCAUCAUUGCUUCGUCUUCACUUCCAUGAUUGCUUUGUGAACGGUUGUGAUGGAUCAGUACUACUAGAUGGAGGUAGUGGUAGUGAGAAGUCUGCUCUUCCAAAUGCGAAUUCUCUCAGGGGAUUUGAUGUUAUAGACACAAUCAAAUCUUCAGUGGAAAGUGCAUGCAAUGGCACUGUUUCCUGUGCUGAUAUAUUAGCCAUCGCUGCUAGAGAUUCUGUCGUCCUUAGUGGUGGCCCCUUUUGGAAAGUUUUACUUGGACGGAGAGAUGGAUCAAUCUCUAAUGGGACAUUGGCUAAUUCAGCUAUUCCUUCUCCCUUUGAUUCCUUAUAUUAUCAUUUCCAAGUCACUAACGCAGGCCUCAAUCUGCUCUCUGAUGUUGUUUCUUUAUCAGGUGCUCAUACCUUUGGGAGAGCAAGGUGUGCAUUGUUCAGCAAUAGAUUGUUCAACUUCUCAGGAACAGGAGUACCAGACAGUACACUGGACACAGACAUGCUCUCAGAUCUUCAGAAGUUGUGUCCUCAAAAUGGAGAUGGAAACACAACCAGUGUUUUUGAUAGGAACUCACAGGAUCUAUUUGACAACCAUUAUUUUCAGAAUUUGAUGAGUGGAAAGGGCCUCCUUAGUUCUGAUCAAAUUCUAUUCUCAAGUGAUGCAGCCAAUUCAACAACCAAACCUUUGGUUCAGACUUACAGUAACAACGCUUCACUUUUCUUUCAAGACUUUGUGAAUUCCAUGAUUAGAAUGGGCAAUAUCAAUCCAAAAACUGGCUCUAAUGGAGAGAUUAGGAAGAAUUGUAGGGUCACAAACUCAUAGUGACUUGUCAAUAAAGUGUCCUUGUGAGAUGGUGGAUAAAUGUUGUAGUAUGCAUAAAUAAAUACAGGUUACUUGAUCUCCCAAACCCCUGAUAUUGCUAUGUUCAAAAAGUGACUGUAUUUGGGAAUGAAUUAUGUCGUUUUUAACGUGUUGCAUCUCAUAUAAUUUCAAAAAGUGACUGUAUUUGGGAACUAA